AUGGUGCCAAGCAUAUUGUCUUCACCGUUUUCACCGUUAGCUCCAGCGAUGCCCAAAUGCGCUUUCUGCAGUGCUCGUAUUGCGACCAAGCAAGGUCUUGUCUCGCACCAAAUGCAAAACAAGCGUUGUCUGCAGGUUCAAGAACGGCUUUCUCAGCGAGAGGACAAAAACGAAGCUUUUCAUGACUCACCAAGGCUAAAAACGGGUACCGAUGAAGCAAUGGAUAUCGACUUCAACUCGGAGCAGGUCAACGAGCUCCUCCAUGACCCCGAGGAACCGCCUCGCCAACGUCCUCGAGUGGAGGAGGUGCCGGACGACACAACCAAUGAUCCCAUAUCGAGUUACGAUCCUCGAUAUCUCCACCGCCAACAGUACCCGUCCGACCGCAAGGCAGGAAAGGGGCAAUGGAAAGAGAGUACACCAUUCGAAGAGUGGCGUCAGGCAACAGAGAACUCGGGGGAGGAGAUCUGCUCACCUUUUCCGUCCCUUGAAGAUUGGGAUAUCGGUCGUUGGCUCAUUCGUUCGGGGUUAUCGCAAGGAAGCAUUGACGAGUUCCUACAUUUGAAGAAGGUCCGAGACAAGCUUGAGCCACCAUUCGCAACAAGUCGCGCCUUUUUCAAACACAUUGAUUCGCUCCCGGCCGGCCCAGCUUGGAUGUGUACGCCGAUGAACAUUACCGGCGACGAGUUGGAUGGGAAUGGUAAUGCGAAAGUGGAGGUUGUCAAACUGUGGCAUCGCAAUCCACUCGAAUGCAUUGCCGAGUUGCUCGGCAAUCCUGCAUUCAAGAGCGAGCAAACGUUUAAGCCCAUGCGGCUGUUCCGCACACGUAACGAGUCGACAGGCGAGUUGGGAAAUAGGGAAUAUGAUGAAAUGUGGACUGGUACCUGGUGGUGGGACACGCAGGACCUCCUGGACGAUGGCGCGACCAUUAUCCCGAUUAUCCUUUCGUCCGACAAGACCCAGCUCUCCAAGUCUGUGCGGCGUCAGCCUAAUUCGCGGGCCACGGUGCUUUUGGGCUACAUACCGGUGCCUAAGCUGGAUUGCUACUCCAAAACAGCCCGUAAAGUCGGCGCCUAUCGCAUUUUCCACGACUGCAUGCGCAAGAUGCUCGAAUCGUUGGUCGAUGCUGGAAAAGAGGGUGUCGAUAUUGUGUGUGCCGAUGGAUGGGUCCGGUGGUGCUUCCCGUUGCUGGCUGCAUAUAUUGCAGACUAUCCUGAGCAAUGCCUGGUUGUUUGCUGCCAGGAAAACUCAUGCCCGCGGUGCUCGUGUCCGCCCAAAGAGCGAGGGUCGACAACGGAGUUCCCGAUGCGUAGCCAAGCGGAAACGUUGAGGGUUCUGGAGGCACAGGCUAAGGGCCUGAGGCCAAAGGAGUUCAGCGAGCUGAAUUUGCGCCCAGUCAAUCCGUUUUGGGCCGACUUACCUCACUGCGACAUCCACUCCUGCAUUACCCCCGACCUUCUCCACCAGCUUCACAAGGGCGUAUUCGCUGACCAUAUUUCAAGCUGGGCGGCAGAAUCGAUGGGGGGAGCGGAGGAGGAGCGGAAGAAGAAGCUCGAUGCACGUUUCAAGGCUAUGCCUCGGCAUCCCACGCUCCGUCACUUUGCUAACGGCACAUCCGUCAUUAAGCAAUGGACGGGCUCUGAAUAUCGAGGGCUUGCGAAGACCUUUCUGGGGGCUAUUCACGAUGUGGUGGAUGAACGGGUGACCGCGGUGACACGUCACCUUCUCGACUUCAUGGGAUAUGCUCAUUUUCAAGUCCAUACUGAAGACUCCCUCGCUGCGAUGGAGGCGGCCUGGGUGAAUAUGCAUGAGUAUCUGCCCGUCUUCCGCGAACUCGGGCCAGAGCGUACCGACUUCAAUAUUCCAAAACUCCACAACAUUCGUCACUAUGUCGAUUCAAUUCGCUUGCUGGGUACUGCUGAUGGAUACAAUACCGAGAAUACCGAACGCUUACAUAUCGACCUGGCGAAGAACGGCUACCGCGCGUCGAAUCGUCGCGACUACAUCCAACAAAUGACGCAUUGGCUCACGCGUCAAGAAGCUGCCAGGGUUAUACGGCCCCCUCAAACGUUGAUUGGGAUGACUGGGACCAGGCAGAUGAGGCGGGGAGAUGACCCAGGGGACGAGGACUCGGAAGACAACCCAGAGAUUGUUGCCUGCAAUGUUUCCGCUCGGCCCGGCUAUCCGAAUCUCUCCGUCACAGAAAUCGAAAGUCGCUUCCAGGUGCGGGACUUCCUCUUCUAUCUCCAGCAGUUUCUGGCACGCAACAAUCUACCCGGGGGUGGGCUUCUCUCUCCGACCACUCACUUUGGCGCAUUCAAACGAGCAUCUCUUCACCCUUCGGCAAUCCGUGCCGCCGAGACAGAGGCCGAGACCGCGGAUAUUGUGCAAGCCAUCCUUGCAACCAAGGGCUCCAUAUCAAACCAGGGCAUCACGCGGGGCAGUGCAGCAAAGUUCAGCACUGUCCUCGCUCGGCAGUUUGUCAUUUACUUACGCACAAUUGAUCUAGGCUUGCAAGCGGCACAAGUGAAGCUCAUUUUCCGCCUCCCAUCAAGUGUUUGUGCCUAUCCACACCCCUUGGUAUAUGUCCACUGGUUCACUGCCUUCAACAACCCUCUUUCCGAUCUGGAGACGGCCUCUGGACUGUCUCGGAUCUCGCACUCAACUUCUGUUGGCCAACGUCGUGCAUCAAUCAUUUCCCUGGCUGAUAUUGUGCAGACAUGCCAUUUAAUCCCGAAGUUCGCUGACCCAAUCAACCCAAAUUGGAACUGCGACAAUGUAUUAACUGAAGCGACAUCAUUCUAUUUCAAUCCUUACUUAUGGUAUCGAGACUUUUUCUUCUUUCGCUAUACCACAUAUCUUGUUUCAGAGUACCAUAAGCGCAAGGCAGCCGACCUAGCUGCUGUGCUUGCGCGGGGUGCAAACCAUAUUAAUUAUUAA